AUGUUUGACUCCUUGUUCUGUGGUACGUGUGCUAGAAUUUUUCGUCUAUGUGCUAUCGAUCAAUUUAUACAACAUAAAUCAGAUGGCUGUUCAAGGCUGAGUUUUGGAAAUGAGUUAUUUUUGGAAUGCUCUCAUUGUGAUGAAUGUUACAUUUCACCAUUGGAUCUUAUUGCACAUGUUGAAUGCGCACAUGGAAUAUCUAUUAUGAAGCAUACAUCAAGUAUGGUCAACAACUCUAACAGUUUUCCACACGAAGUGAUGUCUAUCUCAGACACAACGAGUUCAUCUUUUAUAGUUGCUGAUGACAAAAGUAGCUAUAACUCUGCGAAUUCAAAUGACAUAAACUCAGCUCCAUGUGAGUCAGUGAGUCAAGUCCCAUCUGUCUUAAGCUCUACCUCAACUGACUACACUUCAAUCGCUCCGGGUAUUUCUACUACUUCGGUUGUUCGUAAAACCUGUUGUCUUGUUGAUGGAAGUUCUCCAUGCACCCAAAUGUCUUCGUGCCCAAUUUUGUUUUCUCAAGAGUCAGAUUGUGAAACGGAACAAGUAUUCGAUGAUAACUCACUAAAGCCUCCAGAUGAUUCAAACCCAGAUACCACCUCAGUUUGCAGUCAAAUAAAUUUAUGUGCCCAGACAACCCCUGCUUCCAGUGAACGUAAGCCUUUAUUAAAUUUUGUUUGUGAAUAUUGUCAGAGGGAGUUCUCUCAAAAGGUUCACUUACAGAAACAUAUUAUGUCAACUCAUACCAAAAACAAACCAUUCAAGUGUUCAGUUUGCUCGUAUCAGACUGUGGAGAAAAGUCACCUGAAGACCCAUUUCCGAAAACACACAGGAGAAAAACCAUUUGCUUGUACUCUGUGCACUUACAGAGCAGCUCAACAUUCUACAUUAAAGCAACAUUGUCUUAAGAAACAUCACAAUGCGUUUCUUUGUUGUAGAAAUUGCAGUAUCCGCUUUGUAACUCUAACGGAACUUGAAAACCAUCAAAAGAUAUGUUUCCCUUAA